CAGAGAAAGAGAGAAUUUGGACCGUAUGAGACGAUCGUCAACUUCGGGCACUGUAUAUCACUCCCAGUCGGUCUUCAUUUCGUAACGAUGAGUACAUCAGAGUCCCUGGAUCGUAUGGAACUCUGUGAGAGCUUGUUAACAUGGAUUCAGACAUUUGGGGUGGAUGCUCCUUGCAAGAGUGUGGAUGACUUGAUGAGUGGCCUGGUCAUGGCGCAGACUCUACAGAAAAUAGAUGCUGUAUAUUUUAAUGAUGUGUGGAUCAGUCGGAUCAAACCAGAAGUCGGCGACAAUUGGAGACUAAAGGUCAGCAAUCUAAAGAAAGUGUUGAAAGGCAUUUUAGACUACAACCAGGAGGUUCUUCGUCAGCACAUUAAUGACUUCAUACUGCCAGAUGUCAACCUCAUCGGGGAACACUCAGAUGCAGCAGAGUUGGGAAGGAUGCUUCAACUUAUACUGGGCUGUGCCGUCAACUGUGAACAGAAGCAAGAGUACAUUCAAACCAUAAUGAUGAUGGAGGAAUCGGUGCAGCAUGUUGUCAUGACAGCAAUCCAAGAGUUGAUGAGCAAAGAGACUCCAGUGACGGGCGGAAAUGACACAUACGUGGAUCUAGAUCGACAGCUUAAGAAGACAGCUGAGGAGCUGAACGACGCUUUGGCAACAAAGGAGGAGAUCGCCCAGAGGUGUCGAGAGCUUGACAUGCAGGUAGCAGCGCUGCAGGAGGAAAAGAGCAGUUUACUCGCUGAAAACCAGGUCUUAAUGGAGAGACUUAACCAGUCUGACUCCAUUGAGGACAUAAACAGCCCCGCAGGACGCAGGCAUCUCCAGCUGCAGACACAGCUGGAACAGCUUCAAGAAGAGACUUUCAGGUUGGAAGCAUCAAAAGAUGACUACCGGAUCAGAUGUGAAGAACUUGAAAAAGAACUUCUGGACGUAAAGUCGCAGAAUGAAGAGCUGACGUCACUGGCUGAUGAAGCCCAGUCACUGAAAGAUGAAAUGGAUGUCCUCAGGCAUUCCUCUGACAAGGUAUCGAAAUUAGAGGGCACCGUUGAACACUACAAAAAGAAACUGGAGGAUAUGGGACUACUCAGAAGACAGAGUAAGCUUUUAGAGGAAAAGAACACCUUAUUGAUGCAGACCAACAUCAGUUUGGAAGAGGAGCUACGAAAAGCUAAUGCUACUAAGGGUCAGCUGGAGACGUACAAGAGACAGGUGGUUGAACUUCAAAAUCGAGUGUCGGAAGAGUCUAAAAAAGCCGACAAGAUGGAGUUUGAGUAUAAGCGCGUCAAAGAAAAAGUGGAGUCUCUACAAAAAGAAAAAGAUCGUAUGCGAACCGAGAGGGACUCACUGAAAGAGACUAUUGAGGAGCUUCAUUGUGUCCAAGCUCAAGAAGGGCAGCUCUCAUCGAGUUUGUUCCCAAUGACCAGCGCUGAUGGCUCAGAUUCACUUGCCGCUGAGAUCACUACUCCGGAGAUUAGGGAGCAUUUAAUCCGUCUUCAGCACGAGAACAAGAUGCUGAAGCUGGCCCAGGAGGGAUCGGACAACGAGAAGAUAGCUCUUCUGCAGAGUCUGUUGGAAGAUGCCAACAGACGAAAGAGUGAACUCGAGACAGAAAACAGAAUAAUCAACCAGCGCCUCAUGGAGGAGCAGGGCCAGAUAGAGGAGCUGCAGAAGAGCCUUCAGGAGCAGGGCUCCAAAGCAGAUGAUUCUUCCAUUUUAAAGAAGAAAUACGAGGAGCACAUGGACAAAGUGAGAGAAUUGAACAACGAGUUGAUGAAGAAAAAUGCCCUGAUUGAUGAAAUGGAGCCCAAAUUCGCUGCCAACUCCCAACGUGUGGAUGAAUUGGAAGAGGCCUUGAAAAAGAAAGAUGAGGAGAUGAAACAGAUGGAGGAGCGCUACAAGAAGUAUUUAGAAAAAGCCAAGAGCGUGAUUCGGACCUUGGAUCCCAAACAGAAUCAGGGCUCAGGCCCUGAGGUCCAGGCCCUGAAGAACCAGCUCCAGGAGAAAGAGAGGAUGUUGUACUCUCUGGAGAAAGAAAUGGAUAAGACGAAGACCCAGAGAGAGCAUGAGGAGAAACUGAUAGUAACAGCUUGGUAUAAUAUGGGCAUGAGUUACCAGAGGAAAGCGGCAGAAGAAAGACUGGCCAGCACUGGCUCCGGUCAAUCUUUCCUGGCCCGGCAGAGACAAGCCACCAGCACACGGCGGUCAUACCCCGGACAUGGCCAGCCAGCCACUGCCAGGUAGAUGGCAGCCAAGCAACUCAGCUACCUUCGAAAACCUCGAACCUUUUUUAUACAUGUGCGGUUUUUGCAGGGCGCACUAUUCCCACUCAUAUAUUCUUUGUGAUGUUUUCCUGAUUUUUCUGCUUUCCCCUCUCGAUCAGAUCCACGAGGUAGAGACAAGACAAGACUGUACCACUUUAAUGCUCCAUAAAUGAAUGUCAUCUUGCGAUGGCAAGCUCUAACUAAUCACUCCCAGCGCUCUUCAUUCUUUCUUUCUCUUGUGGCCUGGUCAUCAAAAAUUGAUCUCAAGAAUGGAGCAGACCGUCCUGAACUUUUAUCACUCCUCUUCAUCUGAUGUUUGCUCCCUGCCAUCACCUACUCUUUUCUGUAUUGAGGGUUAAGCUUGAAAAGCUACAGACGUUUCCCUGUACAGCCCUGAUGUGUGUACUUCUGUGUGUACUGUCUGCUGUGUUGCAAAACUUACACUUUGCUCAGUGUUUCAAAAGGUGCAAUCUGAGGUGUUGGAAAGAGCUAAGGUUGCUCCCUACUCCCUACCAGCAAUACUUAUCUACAACUAAUGUCUAACUCACAUCAUUACAUUGACAUCAUUUUUGUAUAAUGAACAUUGAAAAAAUGAGAAGGGAAUGAUUCUUAGUAAAUCAACUGGAUCUAAGUCAAUGUAUCUUAAUCCAGCUGGAGAAGAAACUUCAGUGAAAUAAUAAUAAUUGGUAAAACUAGGUGAAGUUUUCAAAGCAACACUAGAAAGGGGGUGAAAAAUUUCAUUUAAUAAUACAUUUUCUUUUUCUGACCAAACGUCUUACAGUACAGCUGUUUAUGCAGUGUGUGAAACAUUCAAGUUCUGAGAGGUCUGUUGGUUACUCAUGCAGUGGUCAAGUAGUUCUUGUUACCUCAAAAUAUUUUCUUAUUCUCUUUAUUCCACAUCCAUUCUGCCUUCAUCGACUAACCUCAAGGAUUCUCUAACCGUUGUCUUGCUUGGCUGCCUGACCCUUUUCUUUGUCUCUCCUCCCUCAACAGCGAUAUCACUGCAUGAUUGGCGGGCCAGUGACCCGAGCGAGCCGACUAAGGGCCCAGUCUGUGGCCUCAGCUGCUCUCGGCCAGCACUCGGCUGAGGCUUGCCGCGCAUGAAACACCCCGCCUUGCCUGCCAUUUGCAUGACUUUGUCUGUUGACCGCAAAUAACCGGCCACCGUGGCGAUAUGAGCACUAACAACUCUCAUCCACGUCGUGCUUCCCUCCAUCCCCAUUGCUUCGUCCCUCACUUAUGCUUCCAGUCUGUUACUGCCCCGCUACGUUACUGACACAGAGAGCUCUGUUACAUUGAUCAUCAAUAGGCCUUGUCUUUGUUCUGUUCAGAUGCUCGAUACCUCAAUGACUCAUUUCACCACGUGUUGUUGCUUCUGUUAAAAGUGGAGAAACGUCUGAGAGGUUCAGCCUGAUAUUUUAAAGUCGUCAACAGUGUUUCACUACUUCACCUUCUAAUGUUACUGGACAGCUUCUGUGACUAAAGUAUUAACUAAUGUUUUUAGCUAACCCAGAUCUAAAUGCAUCAUAUGAUGCGGAUGUGGUAUUUCUUCUUAACAGUAUCACAUUUUUACCACAAAAGACCCCAUUAACUGAUACCUAAAAUGCCAGUAUUUCCCAAUGUCGAUGUAGUUUUAUUUAUACACUAGCUAAAUGUAUAUAUUGUUUUAAUGAAACGUGUCUUAAGUAUUCAUUUACCACUUUCACACAAAGCCACUUGUAUGAAGAUCAUCACACAGGCAGAAUGGUAAGCUUGAAGGAAACAGGAAGGAAGUUAGAGGGGGGAAUAUAUUUAUUUUAAUGACUAUUUUCUGAUAAACUACUACUCAAUUUGAUCAGUCGUUUGCAGUUAAACCCCAGACAACAGAAACAUGGUCAUUUUAAUAGGAAAAUGAAAUGAAAGCGAUUGUUACAAACAACUCAAAUGGACCUAAUGAUCAUGCAUGUUACAGGCAUAGAUGCAUAUUCAUUAAGAGAGAUGGUUGAAUCCUCCGGUGGAGUGCCUUUCUGUGGAAAAAAAAGUAUCAAUACGUGUCAGAGAGUUUUGCAACAAGAAGGCAUGAGGACUUUUUAUUGCAAAUCUUCAGUAUAAAAAAGAAUGUUGAUUUUUUUUCUUCUUUUUUUUUAAGGAAAAUAUGCUUAAUGUGGGCUUUUCUUGACUUUUUAACCAGUUUUACUCCUAAAUUGUGUUUCAAUGAUUUAAUAUGCAGUGCAUUUUAUUCUUUAUGGCUUAUUUAUUCAUUUGCCCCUCUUGCGUCAGUGUUAUGCCGCUAUCACAGCGUUUUUGUGGUUCUAUACAGCAAGACAAUAUUGUUAAAUACUUGUCUUGUGCAAGAGAAAUGUGAGUCUAUUUUUAAACGCUACUUCCUGAGUUCUUUCAACCGUCCACCAUCAGUCUUCAUGUGUUCCAGAGCUCAUCCGCGAUGUUUUUAAUAAUGCGGGACAGUGAGACAUGUUUGUCCCAUUUUAUCCCUCAGUGCGUGCAAGUCUUAACUGAGGUGCUGUGGGACGCAAACUAUCACAGCAAUGAUUUACAGGUCAAAGAACGAGUGCAGUGUUUUCUUUUUUUUUUAAUUCAUUUGAAGAAUUCUGUUACAAGUAGCAAAUAUCCUCCCAUUUGCCAAGUUUUCUAUCACUUGUAUACACUCUGUACAUACUUCUUUUGACGUCAUUGAAGGAAGUGUAUGGCCACAAUAAUCCUAUACGGAACCAUGUGCUUCCUGAAAGUGUAAAACUUGCAAAUGACAUUGUAAAUAAAGCUUGUAUAAAAACGUUGGUUCUUUACUUAACU